GGGUUAAUUUGAUGAGCAAUUGAUGAAGCGUGAGCAUGAACUCGGUGCGGCUGCUAGUGCUCGGGAAUGGCGCGGCAGGAGCCGAGAAGCAGGCGCUGGCGCUUGGUUCGAGGCUGCGAAAGAAGCUCCUGGACAAGCACGCUCCAGGUCUGGCCUGCUCGCCCGUGGAGUGCGUUCGUGUGACGCUGAGAAGAUCACACGUAAUUCCACCGGUGCUGCAGAUUUUCGGUGCUAAACUCACUCGCAAUUCACUGUUCGGCUACAAAGAGCAAGACACGAGUCGACUGUUCCCUAUGCAGAAGGAUACGAACAGGUUAGACGUGGUUAUCGGCUGUGGGAGAAGCACAGUGGCGCUCUGUGCGGCGAUGAAGCUGAUGAACCCGAAAAGAACGUUCAACGUGCAGAUCCAACACCCACGAGUGCCGCUCACGUGGUUCGACGCUGUAGUGGCACCCAAACACGACUUUCCUAGAGGAAAAGGCAGUGCAAAUAACCUGUUCCUGACGUCUGGUACGGUGCACAACAUCCCGCCGAAGUUACUGCAGCAACACGGCUGUGAAUGGAGCGAUGAGUUUGAUGAGAAGCUCCAAAAGCGACGAACGCGCGUCGUGUGGCUGCUGGGUGGACCAUGUCGUGGCUUUGGAUUCACUGAGCAGGACGCGGAGGAGAUGGCGGAUGAGUUUAUCCGAGCGCUUCCAGGUGGUGAUGAUGUUGCAGUGUUAGUGACAUUCUCACGGCGAACACCUCCAAACGUGCAGAGUGUUAUUCGUCGUUGUCUAAAAGCUAGGUUUCCGGUGCCGGGGCAAUUGCUCGUGUGGGAUAGCACUGAAGAUCGGAAUCCGUACUAUGCCCUGUUGUCCACGGCGUCCUGCGUCGUUACCACGCCAGACUCGAUUUCCAUGACAACGGAGGCCAUCGCAUCGGGCAAGCCGGUAUUCACGAUUGGUGUGGAGAACUGCAAGGGUAAAUUCCUGCGCUUCCACAAGUCCUUGUUCGAGUCCAAUGCCACAGCUCCAUUCACAGGUGAUGCUGUAGCAUCAGCCCUUCGUGACAUUCAUGAACAUUAUGCAUCCUCGGGUGCUGCUGCUUUAGAGACAGAGAUCUCCACAAUCAUAGAAACUAUAGCCACAGACAUUCACACGGCGUUGAAGCAAAUAGGCACUAACUCAUAAUAGACGCAUGGAUUCAAAGCAGA